AUGACAGAAAUGGAAAACAUGGGGUUUUCUCGAAAGUUAUCUGAGAAGGAAGUUAAGGAACACAAACAACCAGUCCAUUACAUCUCCCACCAUGCAGUUCUAAGACCUGACAGUACAAGCACCCCGGUUCGCAUCGUGUUCAACUCGUCCGCUACGUUCCGAGGACAUAAGCUGAACGAUUAUUGGCAAAAGGGGCCUGAUCUUCUGAACUCUCUAUUCGGAGUUAUUCUCCGUUUUAGGGAAAAUAAAGUUGCCCUCACUGCUGACAUCUCAAAGAUGUACCACCGAGUCCUUAUCCCUGUCGAAGACCAGCAGGUACACCGAUUCCUAUGGAGGAAUUUAGAGAUUGAUAGACCUCCAGACACUUUCGUUAUGAACGUACUUACGUUCGGUGACAAACCUGCACCAGCGAUGGCUCAAGUUGCCUUGCGGAAAACUGCAGAUGAAGGAGCAUCAGAGAACCCGAGAGCAGCAAAAGUUAUAAAGGACAAUUCUUACAUGGACGAUAUUCUGGAUUCAGUUGCUACAAAUGAAGAAGCAAUCGGGUUGACUAAAGCAAUCGACAGCAUCCUUGAUAAUGGCGGGUUUCAUGUGAAGGGAUGGCAAUCAAACGGAGAGUUGAACAGGAAAGACGAGCAAGAAGAUGGUAAUGAAGUUGAUGUUCCUCAUGGAAAACAAGAGUCAAAAGUGCUCGGCCUGGCCUGGAACAAGAAAGAGGAUGUGCUUAAGUAUAAAGUAAAAGUAGAAAUAUGCCACACCCAACAGCCAAAGUUCACAAAGAGGAAGAUCCUAAGCCAAGUCGCUAGAAUAUAUGACCCAAUAGGCUUUGCAGCACCUUACCUUAUAAGGGCAAAGAUUGGUUUGCAGGAACUGUGGCAGCAAGGACUCGACUGGGACCAUGAACUAUCGCAAAGUGAUCAAACAAAAUGGUUGACGUACUUUAAAGAGAUGGAUCAGUUAAACGAAAUAUCGUUGGAAAGAUGUCUAUGUCCCGUUGUAAUGAUUGAGCCACCGAUCUUAUGUGCCUUUGCCGACGCAUCGCGAGAAGCAUUUGGAACAUGUGCAUAUUUGAGAAGUAUAGGACCUAAUGGAGUGGUGAACGUACGGUUUGUUGCAGCAAAGUCACGAGUCGCCCCAUUGAAAGAGCUAACAAUACCCAGAUUAGAACUACAAGCAGCCGUGUUAGCCAGCCGUUUAUGCAAGACCAUCCAAAAUGAACUCCGUAUACCACUAAAAGAGAGUGUCUUGUUUACCGACAGCGCAAUUGUUCUUGCGUGGAUCCGCAGCCAGGAAGACGACUCAAACCAUUUGUUUCAAGUCGAGUAG